AUGGGCUACAACGGUUUUGGUUUGGAGCAUACAAUGGCUCCACCUACUAAUAAACCAUUUAGAGAACUAUCACAAAUGGAACAAAGUGAACGAGGUGCACAGAUGAUGAUUGGCUUCAUGUCUUCAUGUCCUGGAAAAACAGUAAUAAGUGGGGUUACAGGGUUCAGUCUUGGUGGUGUCCUAGGCCUAUUUAUGGCUUCAAUGGCCUAUGACACACCUUUACAUUCACCAUUGAGUGGCGUUGCGAACGUUGGUAAAAUUGCAGAAAUACCGAUGACACAACAAAUAAAAUUACAAUUCGCUGAUAUGGGGAAAAGAUCGUACUCUAGUGCAAAGAAUUUUGGUUACAUGGGGCUAAUAUACUCUGGUGUAGAAUGUGUAGUAGAAUCUGUACGAGCAAAGAGUGAUAUAUAUAAUGGGCUAUGGGCAGGUUGCAUAACAGGUGGUGGGUUGGCUUAUAAGAAUGGCCCUCAAGCAGCAUUAGUAGGGUGUGCUGGGUUCGCAGCCUUCUCUCUUGCAAUUGACACAUAUAUGAACAGUGAACAUGGGAAACCAACCUCUAAUGAUUUUAAUGACUAA